CACGAUCUCUUCCUCCCCUCCUCCCUCUGCAGUCACCUAGUGGCAGAGUGUGGAGAGCGGGUUCUAGUACCACUGAAGGGUCUCGUCCAACAGCUGUGUACAAAGACUCCCGACAGAGCCGAGUAUAGGACCAAGAUGGCCAAUACGGUGUGUAAGUUGCUGAGUCAGUUUCCAGAUCAGUUCUACUCUCAGCUACUGGAGUGGCUCUCCAGACUCGCCAGAAACAUCAAGGUCUCAGCAAUCGUGUGUUUGCAGUGGAGAUGGUGUCGGAACUGCUCACACGCCCCCUCAGGCAACCCAAGGAAGGUUCUCUGUUGGGGGAGGAGGAGUACCGACUGAGCUACAAGUACCUGGUCAAGAUGGCCCUCUCUCGGUGUUCUGACAAGGCUCCCUCUGUUCGGGGAGGGCCCUGACCUGUGUCGCAGCUGCUGCCGGUAGUGAGAGGUCGGAGGUCGUGUCGGCCUUGACGAGAUGUCUCACGGCACAGACAGCCACAGACCACUCGUUCCCUCCAUGAACCAGAGCCAGUGGAGAGUCUGAUAGUUCCCAUGGUGAGGAGAAGAACGACAGACCAAAAGGUCGGAGUUCGUAAGAACGCCCUCCAGGCCCUAGAGGCCAUCAUCAGACUGGACCUCACCAACAUUAACAGAGAGGAUGUGCGGCCCUAACACGAGCGCUGCAUGGACACAGCUCUCUCAGUGAGGAAGCAAGCACUGGUGUCUCUCUCCUCCCUCGUCACCGACCUACCUCACUGUGCCAUGCUCCACGAGUUGCUGGAUGGUAGUGUGUUGCCAUGGUGAUGGACAAAGAGGCCAGC